GAGUGGCACUCAGCCUGAGUACCCCAGGUGUCAAGAUGAACAGUGUUGCACGUGUCAUUACAUAGCAUGUAAUACGAGACUUAUAGAAAAAAAAAACGAAGAAAAGAUCAUAAAAAUAUGAAAAGCACAUGCGAAGGAUUAAAACUAUAAAGAUCGGAAAAUCCCAGGGGAAUUUUAUUUAAUUCCUUUUUUAUAAUAGAAAAAAUAAACAGCUGAAUGACAAAUGUUGAAAUAAGUAGAUGAAAAAUUUCAAAUAACUGUUUUGGGGAAUUUUUUAAUAAUAUUUGUUUAGUACUAAAUGCAGGAUUUGAUUUCGAAAUUGCUUUUACUUCAAAACUUGAAUGUAAGCAGAUGUUAGUCAGAAUAAAUUAUAGCAAAAUUAUUAUGAGAUGAAGCAGCUGAUAAACAAUUAUCGUUCAGUAGUUAGCAAAAUAGUAGAAGGAGGAAAUGAAAAAGCUAGGGAAAAUCAUGUAAGGAAAGGAAAACUCCUUCCACGUGAUAGAAUAAAUACUUUACUCGAUCCAGAAGCGCCUUUUCUAGAAUUUUCACAGUUAGCUGGUUUUGAAAUGUAUGGGCAAGAUCAAGUACCAGCUGGAGGAAUAAUUACUGGUAUCGGGAGAGUUGAAGGACAAGAAUGUUUAAUUAUUGCUAACGAUGCAACAGUCAAAGGUGGUACUUAUUACCCUAUAACUGUUAAAAAGCAUUUGCGAGCUCAAGAAAUAGCCAUGGAAAAUCGUUUGCCAUGUAUCUAUCUGGUUGAUAGUGGUGGAGCAAACUUGAUGUAUCAAGCUGAGUCCUUUCCCGAUAAAAAUAAUUUUGGAAGAAUUUUUUAUAAUCAAGCUGUAAUGAGUGCUGAGGGUAUUUCACAAAUCGCCGUAGUUAUGGGAAGCUGUACUGCAGGAGGAGCAUAUGUGCCGGCUAUGGCUGAUGAGAACAUAAUUGUAAAUAAAUAUGGUACGAUUUUUUUAGCUGGUCCGCCGCUUGUUAAGGCCUCAACUGGUGAAGUCGUUUCAGCUCAAGAAUUAGGAGGAGCAAGUCUUCAUUGCCAAACAUCUGGUGUGACAGAUCACUUUGCUGUUGAUGAUGUUCAUGCUCUUUACCUUGCAAGAAGUAUAAUAAGAAAUCUAAAUCUUAAGAAGUCGAUAAAUGUAAAUGUCAGUCAGAACAUCGAACUUCCAGUGCACAAUGUCGAUGAGAUUUAUGGUAUUGUUGGAGCAAAUUUAAAGAAGUCGUUCGAUGUCAAGGAAGUAAUAGCCAGGAUUGUAGACGGGUCACGUUUUCAUGAAUUUAAAACUCAAUAUGGAGAGACAUUGGUAACUGGUUUUGCUCGGAUCCAUGGAUAUCCUGUUGGAAUAGUUGCUAAUAAUGGAGUUCUGUUCUCAGAAAGUGCUCUUAAAGGUGCACACUUUGUUCAACUUUGCUCUCAACGUAAAAUUCCUCUAAUUUUCCUUCAGAAUAUAACAGGAUUCAUAGUUGGAAAAGACGCAGAAGCUGGUGGAAUCGCUAAAAACGGUGCGAAAAUGGUAACUGCUGUAGCUUGUUCAAAAGUACCUAAAAUUACUGUUAUUAUCGGUGGUUCUUAUGGUGCUGGAAAUUACGGUAUGUGUGGAAGAGCUUAUUCGCCGAGAUUUGUAUAUAGUUGGCCUAACACAAAAAUAUCUGUAAUGGGUGGAGAACAAGCAGCCGGAGUAUUAGUUCAAAUAACAAGAGAACAACGCGAAAGAGAAGGAAAACAAUUGACAGAAGAUGAAGAAAAUAAAAUGAGAAAGACUAUUACUGAUAAAUUUGAUAAUGAAGGAAGUCCAUACUUUUCAAGUGCAAGAUUAUGGGAUGAUGGUGUAAUUGAUCCUGCAGAUACACGAACAGUUCUUGCUCUGAGUCUAGCUGCAUGUUUAAACAAUCCUAUUCCUGAAAGUAAUUUUGGUGUAUUUCGAAUGUAAAGAUCAUCUAUGGCCAGAAUUGGUGGUUGAUGUUCAUCAGUCGCUGUUGAAGAUAAAUCUUGGCCUGCGGACUGAUUCGUGCAAUAUCAACUUCCAUCAAGUCUUUGGAGCAUCGUACUUUACUUUGAACUGCAACAAAGAAAAGCAACAAAAUGAGUUGGAAUUAUUAUCUGUUAUUUCAUCGCUACAAAUGAGAAUCAUGUAAAGUGAUGGUGGACGAUGAUGUCGACCUUGAGAGCGUCUUACACCAUAUAGAAAUACUGUUGCUUUUUAUCUACUGCUUGACGGGAUAGGUAUACUUUCACCACUAGCUACUGUCAGCUUGUAUGUACUUGAUGACGCCAAGGUAAUCACUGUUGGUCUGAGUGCAUGCACAUGAAAAUAUCUUUUUAUUCUGACAGUUGUUCUUACUUUGUCACGAAACAGCCUUCUAAUGAUUUUACAAAAUGACAUAACAAGUGUAAAAAAUUCUUGCCAUCAUAAAAACAUUUUUACAACUUUAAAAAAAUAUAAUUAUACUUAUUAUUACGAAAAA